UUAUUAUUAUUGAUUGUCUUUUGUCUGCUAAUCAAUCAAAAACUUUGUCUAGAAUAAAUACUCUUUUAUCAUCAUUUUUCCCUAUCUUUUUUAUCACUACUAUUAUGUUAAACGUUGAUUUAUUACACAAACGCCUAACUCCCGCCCACAUUGGUUUGACAGCUUGGUUGCCUGACUACAACAAACCCAAAAAGACACCUCAACUUGUCAUCAAGGAAACGCCUGAUCAAGGAAAAUUCUAUGUUGCUGCCAAACCACUUUUACCUGGUGACAUUGUAUUGAAGGAAGAAGAGCCAUUGAUUCGACAAUUAAAUAAAGCGCAAUGGAAAGACCACUGUUUUACUUGUUUCCGUCCUGUCACGAAAAAAACGCUUGUCCAGUGUCAUGUCAAGACAUGUCGUUGGAACAUUGUCUUUUGCAGUGGCACGUGCGAGAAAAAGGGUUGGUCUACAGGACACGCUUGGCUUUGUCGUUUCCCUGAACUACAAGAACUGCCACAAGUGGUAUUUGCAUUCAUGGGUUAUAUUACCUGUCGCUCUCAGGGACUCGAAAACUUGUUUGACCUCGCGAACUCGGAUACCACCGAUCCCAAAAAAACGACACCAUUGCAUGACGAGUUGAAGUUACUAGGCACGUUAUUUUUCCUUAAAGACAUGUCCAUGCUUGUUAAAAUUCUGUCACAAAUCAAAUGUAAUGCCUUUGCCAUUAAACAAGCAUCCUCUGUGACGGUCGACUCGUCCCUGGUUGUCUCGAGAGAGUCUAUUCAUUUGGGCCAAGCUGUGUAUCUAUCUGCAAGUCGUUUCAACCAUUCCUGCGAUCCUUCCUCUUUAGCCGUGUUUGGUAGUGACGGUCAUCCAUGUCAGAUCCAGGUACAGAUGAUCAAGCCUGUCAAGUCUGGAGAAGAAGUGAAUAUAAGUUAUGGUCCAUUAGCCACAAAACAUUCCAGAAAAGAUCGACAACAAAAGCUAUUGGAUGAUUAUUUUUUUACAUGUGAAUGUGUUUCCUGCAAAGACACAAGUAAAAUAACGGUUGACAGCAAAUACAAGUGUCAGAUAUGUCGAAAGGGUCGAUUGUAUAGACAACAAAGUCAAUGUGAAAGUUGUGAACAAACCCCACAUUGGCCCUAUUUCCUAAGUACAGAAGCAAAGAUAGAAGCCCAUACAGAACGACACGAAUUUAUACAGACGCUUCAAUUACAAGAAACGAUUUACCAUGACGAUGUACUUGCGAUUGGAGAAACAUUGGAUAAGUUAGCGCAAGUAUAUUGUAUGCAUGGUAACAUGAAAGUGGCAGCCUCGUAUUCGAAACGAUCGUUAGAAGUGACACAAAAAGUGUAUGGAAGAACAAGUGUGGAAGCUGCGGAAGAAAUGAUGAAAUUAUCUACAUUGUUAUUCAAUUCUAUGCAAAAAUCAGAGGCACUACGACAAAUCAAGGAAACUAUUGUCUUGUAUAGGAUUUUAGGUUUGGAUAAAUCUGCUCCUGAGGAUAUAGAGGAAUUAGAAGAAUUACAAAAUCACUUGCUUUACAUUGUUCGUUAACAUUUAUAUCACGUCAGAAAAUUAAUUAUAAAAUUACUGCUAAAAAAAAAAAAAUGAAAAUGACUCAUUGAGUGUGUGGAGGGAGUAACCAACUAAAAAAAAAAAACCACCCUGCAGCCUUUUUUAGUUACCAGGAUUUUUUUUUAUAUUGAUAACAUUGUCAUAUAUUCCCC